AUGUCAUCUUCAACUGAUCUUCGCGCCUCUGAAAACCCUAGCGACUGGCGGUUCACAUGGGAAGCCCAAUCACACACCCCAACCCUCCGAUUAUUCCUAUUCGAUCUGAACACCAAACCUUCGUGCCAAUGCACCAAUCUCGAAGUCAAGUUAGUGCUCGAACAAUCUCUACUAGUAGUCAGCUUUUUCGAAGACGAGGUCGAGACUUCACUGAGAGUUCCAAUUCCUAGGGUUUUGGUCGAUGUUGAAGCUCCGGUUCAGUUCAGCGCAUUGGACGAUCACAUCGAAAUAAAACUUGUUUUACUUCUUCCAGUCGAUCACCCGAUCGGUUUAAACUUUGAGUCCGUGUUGAAUUUAUCUGAAGAUUAUGAGUCUGCUCCACGAAAUGUGGUAUCGGAUGAAUUGCGGAAUCUUUCUAUGGAUUCUGGUUCAGAAGUUAAGAAUUUAUCUUCAAUGGAGGAGGUCCACUUUUACUGCAGAAAUUGCUCAAAUAAGCUGACAAGGUCCCUCAGAUUUUUCAAGGAAAUGCCAUCAGUCAACUGGCGAGAGGUAGCUGACAAUUGGUUUGGGGCUUGUUGUUGCUCAUUUGGGGGAAUAAGUGAGAAGCUGGUCACCAAGUAUGCAGAAUCCUAUGCAUGUGCAGCAGGUGUGUGCCUAUUGAGUACCACAUCUCUCACGCUUUGCAAGGAUGACCUUGUAGGCUGUAAAUUUCCUGACUUGGAUUCAAGCCAAGAUUAUGAGUCCGAACUGAAUGAUGCUGGUGGCAGUUUUUUAAUCGAAGUUACUCAAGAGAGUGGAAGUAAACAUGAAAGCAUAGUCUCCUGUGAGAAUCUAAGUCAGAGGAUGCAAGAUCUUGACGAAAAAUUUUGUAGUCUCUGUCCAAGGGAAAAUAACCCAGGCGCAAGACUGGAGCAUGAAGUUAUUGAAAAGGCAAGUAAUGGUGAUAGUUUAUCUUACGUGUGUCAUGAAUCUGAUAUCACAAGAAAUAUGGAAUUGCAUAAUGGAUGCCAUGCUGAUAUAAAAAAACAUAUUCAGAACCAUGAUACUGAAUGUUGCACUCAUGACUCAUCUGAAACUUCUCCAAAGGAGCCAAAAUGUGGAAUUGAACUACUACCAAAUCAGAAAAUUUUUCUUAAUGGCUAUCUUGGGAAUGGUUUCAUGGCUAGAUCCUCCAAUCUUUCGAAAGAUGUUUCAUGGAUUGAAUUUCCGUGCCCUCACUGUUCAUACCUUCUUGGAGCAUACCCUUGCAUAAAUGGUUGUUCACCAUUGGAUGGUGGAGUUCGAUUGUUGAAGUGUUACAUCUCAACUUGCCUGCCUGUUGGUGGAUCAAGUGAUUUGUUCAGGAAUUACACCUUGGAGAGGAUGUUCACAAAUCAGUUGCUAGAAAGUGCGGAAGAUGAAUUAUCAUUUCGAACUGUGGUUAAAGAUCUGCAUACCAAAUGUCCUGUAUUGCAACUUGUUCUCUUAAACCCACAUUCAUGGUGCUCUACUGGAUACUGUUUGAGCACUAUGGAACCAGUUGCCAAGAUGGAUAUNCAUGGUGCUCUACUGGAUACUGUUUGA